GAACACAGCGUUGUGCAGCAGACACUUCAGUGUUUCUCUGACUGUGUUUCAGAUCACAGUCGCACAGAUUGUGUGUGUGUGUGUGUGUGUGUGUGUGUGUGUGUGUGUGUGUGAUGUAACUGUUGAAGUCGAGCGGGUCGUAACGGGGCGAUUCGUCUGUUCAUGAUCAUCUGAGAUCAGUCGGCACAGAUCAGACACACAGACGCUCUUAAGAACCGUCUCGCGAUGUGGCUGCAGGUUUUGUCAGCGUGUGUGUUGGCCGCGUUGUGUCGCGCAGCUCCUCACGCUCACAUCAACCGUCUCGCUCUCUUUCCUGAUAAAAGCGCCUGGUGCGAAGCCAAGAACAUCACGCAGAUCGUGGGACACACCGGCUGCACUCCGCAGUCCAUCCAGAACAGAGCUUGUCUGGGUCAGUGUUUCAGCUACAGCGUCCCGAAUACUUUCCCACAAUCCACAGAGUCUCUGGUUCACUGUGACUCCUGCAUGCCUGCGCAGACGCAGUGGGAGGUGGUGACUCUGGAGUGUUCGGGCAGUGAUGAAGCUCCUCGUGUGGAUAAGUUAGUUGAACACAUUCUUCACUGCAGCUGUCAGUCGUGCAGUAAGGAGAGCGCUCAGGAGGGGGCGCUGCUGCAGCUUUACCCGUCAGAGGGGGCGCUGGAGAGCCCGUCACUGUCAGACAAACAGACACACACAGACACACACUCUCAGCAGCGCGCUCGCGCACGCUCUGAUGCGCUGCAGUUAGACACGUCAGAGGCGGGCUGACACGUCUCACACACUUCACUCGUCUCUCUCUCUGUCUCAUACACUUCUCAUCACACACACACACACACACACACACACACGCACGCACGCACGCACGCACACACACACACACACACACACACACAUCUCAUCACAUCUGCUUCUUAUUCAACAACUGCACACUUAUAACUCUGAGCUAUUCUUACUCACACACACACACACACAACACGACUGAUAAAACAAGCCCUGUAUUACUUCACAAACACACACGCACAAAUGUUCAGAUGUAUGUUUGUACACACAUUUAUUCUCUCUCUGUGUCAGUUGUUUGUGUAUUGUUGUUUAAUCACAAUAAAAGUGCCAAAUCAUC